CGCCCAUGACCAUCGCCUCAUAAAAUUGGCUGAUGAUCCGAGUCUUGUAUAAAUGAUCCAAUAAAAGAUCGGCCCACAGCCUUUAGGACACUCUGAUCAUGGAAGACGCUCCUUUAUGGACUCCUGCUGGCGAUGAUACUCAUUUGGAUUUCUUUAGAAAGAGAAUAAAUGAGAAAUACGACCUUCAUUUAGUUGAUUAUGCUGAGCUUUGGGACUGGUCUGUGAAAAAUUACGCUAAUUUCUGGGAAGAGUUUUUUCACUUUUCAGGAAUCAAACAUUCUCAACCUUACGAUGAAGUAGUUGAUAUCAGUAAAGGAAUAGCAGAUGUCCCUGAAUGGUUUCGUGGCUGCCACCUCAACUUUGCUGAAAACCUGUUGAAUAGAACCGAACAGCAAAAGGACAAAAUAGCGUUAAUAUCACUAGGUGAGGGCCAGUCUACUCCAUCAUACAUUACCUUCAAUGAACUGAGAGAGAGGGUGGCCAGGAUUGCUAAUGCCCUCAUUGAUAUUGGAGUGAGGAUUGGGGACAGGGUUGUAGGCUAUCUUCCUAACAGUUCAACUGCAGUUGAAGCAAUGCUGGCCACAGCUAGUAUUGGAGCGAUAUGGAGCUCAACAUCUCCUGAUUUCGGCUCUACUGGAGUUCUUGAUAGAUUCAAGCAGAUCAAGCCAAAGGUUAUAUUUUCAGUGGAGGCCGUGCGUUACAACGGGAAAAAGCACGAUCAUUUGAACAAGUUGAAAACUGUCGUGGACGGAUUGCCUGAUCUUGAGAAAGUCAUCAUACAUCCAUUCUGUUCAUCUACUGUUGAUAUAUCUCAAGUAAAGAACAGCAUUCUAUUGGAAGAUUUUCUCUCUGAUAAUACUGAUUUGACAUACGAGCAGCUGCCGUUCAACCACCCAUUGUUCAUAAUGUACUCCUCCGGUACUACUGGGUCUCCUAAAUGUAUGGUGCACUCAGCAGGGGGUACGUUAAUACAGCACAUGAAGGAGCACAUUCUCCAUGGUAACAUGACUCAUAAUGACGUCAUCUUUUAUUACACCACGACUGGUUGGAUGAUGUGGAAUUGGCUAGUGUCCUCAUUAUCAGUUGGAGCCACUGUAGUUCUUUAUGAUGGAUCUCCUUUUAUACCUUCACCUAAUGUGCUGUGGAACAAUGUGGAUCUAUUAGGUAUUACAAUACUUGGGACAGGUGCUAGGUGGCUUGCUGCACUAGAAGAGAGAAAUAUUGUUCCAAAGGAUACUCAUAAAUUGACCUCUCUCCAUACUAUACUAUCAACUGGUUCUCCAUUGGGUCCUGCUAGUUAUGAUUAUGUCUAUAAUUGUAUCAAGAGGAACGUCUUACUGGGAUCCAUUACAGGUGGUACCGACAUCAUAUCUUGUUUUGCUGGUCAGAACCCGACCCUCCCAGUACACAGAGGGGAGAUACAGUACAGGAACAUUGGAAUGGCAGUUGAAUGCUGGGACAAAAAUGGUAAGCCGGUAUACGAUGAGAGUGGCGAGUUGGUGUGCACUAAACCUUUCCCUUCAAUGCCAACUCAUUUCUGGAACGAUGAUGACUCCAUUAGAUACCAAAAAUCGUACUUCUCAGUUUAUUCAGGGGUGUGGGCUCAUGGUGAUUUUUGUAAGAUUAGUUCAAGAACUGGUGGGAUUGUAAUGCUGGGGAGGAGUGAUGGAACGCUCAAUCCUAGUGGCGUGAGGUUUGGAAGUGCCGAGAUUUAUAACAUCACUGAGAAGUUUGAUGAAGUUAAGGACAGUUUAUGUGUCGGGCAAUUGGUUGGAUCUGAUGAGCGAGUGAUUCUCUUUAUUAAAAUGAACCCUGGCUAUACUUUUAAUGACGAGUUUGUUAAGAAAGUGAAGACAUUCAUUAGAGGAGAGCUAUCAGCACGACAUGUUCCAGCUCUCAUUUUAGAAACUAGCGAUAUACCAUAUACAAUGAAUGGGAAGAAAGUUGAAGUUGCUGUCAAGAAGAUUCUCUCUGGGCAAGACGUGAAGGAGAGAGGAGCUCUAUCUAAUCCUGAGUCUCUUGAUCUUUAUUAUAACAUACCGCAACUUAUUAUUAAAUAAAUAUAUUUAUAUAUUCCUCUUAGAUCUAUUAUCAUUGCUAUUGCUACAUAGACAGGUUUUAUAUUCUUUCAUUAUUAGUAAAAGCUCAGUAAA